AUGCCUCGGCUCGAUAUUGAUAACAUCUGCUUAUCUGAUGAAGUGUUUGGGACAUCGCAGGCUGAGACUGCGAUUGUAAUUAAGAACGUUGGGAUGAAGUCAUGUCUUCUCUCUCAGGAGUGCUCUGUAUCUACACUGCACUCACAGGGUAGAGGUCUACUAGCGGUGGACAGUUUCUCGCACUUGGAUGCUUGUCAAUUCCUGGCCAUGCAAAGGAUCACUCAAUUCCGUCAUUGUAUUUUGUACGCCUCGUAUAUCCAUCAGACGGUGGUGAGUAGAUUAGCGGGUAGAUAG